CAGAUUGACAGAUAAAAUAAUUAGAAAAGCUGUAGACAGGGCAUCAUUGGACAACAUUAUUUUGUCCAGUUUUUGAACAAAAAGUACUGAAGGCAGAUUUUAAAUCACAUUCUAAAAUAAAAUAAUCGUUUCAACUUUAAUAACAACACAGAGUCGGAGCUUAACUAUGUCUAAAUAUAAGAUAACCAGCCUUUCAUCUGUCCAGAAUGAGUUAAAAGAGUAUUGUCAACACCACGAGGUUGAAAUUAUACAACACUAUUGUCGUGAUCAUAAAGUACUUGCGUGCAGCUCAUGCGUAGCAUCGGACCAUCGAGCAUGCAAGAAUGAUUAUAUUCCUGAAGUGUCCAGAAAUUACAACAACAGCAAAGAGUUCAAGGCCGUUCUUCAAUCCUUGCAGAUCAUACAGACAAAUUGUCAGAAAAUGAUGAUAAAAUCAAAGGAGAACCAAACAAAAAUUGCCCAGAAUGAGAGCAAAGUUAGACAGGAAAUCAAAAAAUUAUGCCGAGAAAUCAGGGACAGAAUUGACCAAUGGGAGAAAGAGCUUGAAAAUGAGGCUGCAGAACUUCUAAAAAUAGAACAUUCCAAGACUGAUUCAAUCGGUAAUGAGUGUAAGAAGAUUGAAUCUCAAAUAACAAUCUUGCAAGAUGAUUUGAAAGCUUUGCAGGCAUCCAAUAGAAAUAAUGAAUUGUUUGUACGAGUUAAGAAAUCCGAAAUUGACCUACAAAACUACUCAACAGCGAUGAGUGAAAUGGCUGAGAAUACUUUAAUAAAUGAUGUAAUGUUGAUAACUCAUGCACCUAUUCAGAAAAUAUUAAAGGUCGACACAUGUCUUGGAGAGGUUGUCAGCAAGGAGAGUUCAAAUACUCAAAUAGAAACCAUAGAACCUAUUAAACUAGUAACAGAAGAGCCUAAGAAAGUAGGAGCUUUAUAUGAUAGAUUAUCAGCAACAUUCUCUGGGCAAAUAAACAUAAAAAUGUUGUCUGAUAAAACAACUUACAACAUUACUGGAAUAGCUAUAAUUGGAACCGAUCUAUUGGCUGUUGCUGAUUUUAUAAACAGUAAAAUAAAAACCGUUGACGCAAAGCAACAUAAGGUUUUAUCAAGUUUAAAGUUGUCGUCCGGGCCGUGGGAUCUUGCUCGUCUUCCAGAAGAUGAACUUGCAGUCACACUUCCGGAUGAACAUAUUAUACAGAUUGUAUCAACUUCAGGUGUCCCGUCAACGGUCAAACAAAUUAAAGUUGGCGGUUACUGUUAUGGAUUGGCUUACAGUGAUGAAAAACUGGUCGUCACACUGCAUACAUUCCCUGCUAAUGUCCAAACCAUUACCAUGGACGGUACGGUGCUACAAACCAUAAAGUUUGAUACUUUUGGAAAAGGUCUUUUUGUAUUUCCCUGGUAUGUUACCAUAAAUGAGAUGACUAAACAAAUCUAUAUAUCAGAUUCUGAUAAGAAAGAUAUCAAAUGUGUCGACUGGAACGGCGAGGUUGAAGGUGUCUACACGGAACCCAAAUUGUCCUGUACAUAUGGACUCGCUUCAUUGGUUGAUGGCACGAUAAUAGUGUCCAGUUAUAAUAAUAAUACAUUACACCUGGUGUCGUCUGAUUUCAAGAAGGGUCGAGUGUUGCUCCAGUAUAAAGACGGCAUUCGAGAUCCACGUUGUCUGGCUGUAAACUGGGAUCAGAGGAAACUUUAUAUUGGAUGUUAUCAGAAUGUUAACAUACAGGUGUAUGAUUUGAAGUGACAGUUACUGAA